AUGAAUUCAUCAAUUUCAGUACUCCUCAUUCUCCUCCUUGGUCUACACUUGAUUUCGGCCGCCUCCGCCCACCCCGGCGAGGCCGAUGAUGUUUUGAAGAUUCAUACGUUGUCAGAGACAUCGCCUUUCCAAGACUGCCUUUCAUUUUCUUAUUAUAAUCAGAACUGUCCAGAUGCUGAAGCCAUUAUCAACAGAAAAUUAAAAGAAUGGUUUCAAAAGGAUUACACCCUCGCUGCCAGUCUCAUUAGGUUGCACUUUCAUGACUGCUCCGUUAGGGGUUGUGAUGGUUCGGUGCUUUUAGACCAUGAGGGAAGUGAAAGGACGGCAGAAGUGAGCAGGACACUUAGAGGAUUCGAAGUGAUUGAUGAUAUUAAAGCGGAGAUUGAGAAGAAGUGCCCGCAUACGGUGUCUUGCGCAGAUAUUCUGACAGCAGCUGCUAGGGAUGCCACUGUUUUUGUUGGAGGUCCUUAUUGGGCGGUCGAGUAUGGAAGGAAAGAUGGCGUGGUUUCUCUUGCCAAAGAAGCUGAAUCAGUGCCAAUGGGUCACGAAGACGUCACUUCUAUGAUUGAGUUUUUCCAGUCCAAGGGUUUGAAUGUCGUUGAUUUGGCUAUUCUUUCAGGGGCACAUACCAUUGGAAGGGCUUCAUGUGGUUCCAUCCAACAAAGGCUCUUUAACUACAGCGGGACACCAGGGAAAUCAGAUCCAUCAAUUGAUCCAAAAUAUUUCAACUUUUUGAAAAGAAAAUGCAGAUGGGCAUCGGAAUUGGUUGAGCUUGAUGCCACAACCCCAAAGACCUUUGAUGCAGUGUACUACACCAAUCUUCCAAAGAAGAUGGGGCUCUUAUCCUCAGAUGCCAAGCUGUUUUCUGAUCCAAGGACUGCACCUCUUGUCAAUGCAUUGGCUUAUCAGCCCUCUCUCUUCCUGUACCAGUUUGGGGUGUCCAUGGCAAAGCUUGGGAAUGUGCAGGUCCUCACAGGUCCACAUGAAGGCGAAAUCAGAGCCAAAUGCAAUUUUGUCAACUCUCAUAAAUAA